AUGCUGCACCCCACCACUGCUCUCCUUCUUGCCCUCUCCAUGGCUGUCUUCCUCAUCACCUCAGCCUCUGCAGACAAAGACAACAACCAUGAGCCUAUCCAGCACAAGUUCCACAACUGGAUGACAACCCACAACAAGUCCUACAUCAACCCAGAGUUGGCCCACCAGUGGAACAUGUGGCACAAGAAUUACCACUUCAUCAAGGAGCACAACUGCCAGAACCACAGCUACAGCCUGGGCAUGAACCAGUUUGGCAACCUCACCUUCAACAACUACAAGGCACUCUACACCACCACAAUGCCACCAUUUAACACUUCUGACUAUGACAUCCACAAUGCCACCUCCUCCAGCCUCAUCCAUCAGGACAUCAACUGGAGGGCCUAUAACUGUGUACAGAGAGUCAAGAACCAGGGUACACCUCCCCAAAGAAAGCCCAAUUUGCACUGCCAAUCUUAUGUAGCUCCAUUUUCAAGGUUCAUGCAGCUUGGUACCUGGAGGUGUUGA